GCUGUUCUUAGUCGCAGACUUUGCUUAUUCUUACGCUUCAUUCGCCCACAACUAGUUAUACUAACUCCUCCCGCCUCUCUCGUUCUCUCUCCUCCCGUUACUCGUCCCAACUCCACCUCCUGCAGUAUGUUUGGCAUCGUCUUUUCCAUUCUCUUAUUCUUUCUUCUCUGCCUCUAUUCCUUCUUCCUCUUCGUUUCUUUCUUCGUUUCCAUCUUGCUGACUUUUUUUAUCCCAAAAGAAAAGAGAACAGAACUACUACUGCUACUACUAACGAUUUACGACCCCGUUCUUUGUGCUUGGCGUUCUUAGGUUC